AUGACAGACCAUCCAGAUCAACCGUUCACAGGCCAGGAGUAUGCUCUAGAUGACAUUGUAAAACUCAUCAAAACUGGAAAGGCAACCCGUAUUGUCGUUCUAGCAGGGGCAGGAAUCUCCACAGCAGCUGGAGUGCCCGACUUCAGAUCACCAGCAACAGGCCUCUACGACAAACUGGCGCCAUUAAAACUUCCCUUCCCGGAAGCCAUCUUCCACAUCAACUAUUUCCGACACACGCCAGAACCAUUCUACGCGAUAGCGAGAGCCCGCAAUCCCAAAAACCUCCAACCAACAAUUUCGCACGCAUUUCUGGCCUUGCUGGCUAAGAAGAACCUGCUGGAUUUUGUGUUCACGCAGAACAUCGAUGGCCUUGAGCUGGAUGCCGGUGUCCCCGCCGAGAAAGUACUUUCCUGUCAUGGGAACUGGAAGAGUCAGCGAUGUCAUAAAUGCAAGACACCAUACCCGGAUGGACCUAUGGCUGAGGCAAUUGAGACAGGGCAGGUGCCGUACUGCCAGGUCCCAGAUUGUGGUGGCGCGGUCAAACCGGAUGUUGUUUUCUUUGGGGAACCUCUUCCCGCCGCCUUUGAAGUUGAGGAGAAGAGGGUAUUUGGCGCAGACUUGAUGAUUGUUAUGGGGACAAGUCUCAAGGUGGCGCCAUGUGCAAGACUUCCCCGUCAGGUGAAAGAGGGAACACCCAGAUUGCUCGUCAAUAUGGUGCAGGUCGGGGAUUUUGGGACCCGACCUUCGGACGUGUGUAUCCUUGGGUCGUGUGAUGACGGUGUGCGGCAGCUGGCUGAUUCAUUGGGUUGGAGAGAAGAGCUGGAGAGCCUUUGGACACAUGCUGUCGCUGGUAAGCAAGUGGAAGUGAACACAGAUGAUGUGAAGACUUUGGAUGAGUGUAUUGAAGAGCUGGCGGAGAGAAUGAGAAUUGCAGGGAAGAUCUCAGAUGGGCAUAAGAGAAUGCUAGAGAAGCACUUGGAGGAAAAGUUUGCGAAUGUCCUUCCUAAGCCUCCUAUUAGUUGA